AACGAAGCCAUCUAUGACAUCUGCAACCGCAACCUGGACAUUGAGCGUCCCACCUACACCAACCUCAACAGGUUGAUUGGGCAGAUAGUCUCGUCGGUCACUGCCUCCUUGAGAUUUAAUGGUGCUUUGAAUGUUGACCUAAUUGAAUUCCAGACCAACCUGGUGCCCUACCCACGGAUACACUUCCCGCUCACAACCUACGCACCCAUCAUCUCGGCAGAGAAAGCCUACCACGAGCAGCUGUCUGUGCCGGAGAUCACCAACGCUUGCUUUGAGUUCUCCAACCAGAUGGUGAAAUGUGACCCACGCCGUGGCAAGUACAUGGCAUGCUGCCUGCUGUACCGGGGUGACGUGGUGCCCAAGGAUGUGAACGCGGCCAUUGCGGCCAUUAAAACGCGCCGGUCGAUCCAGUUUGUGGACUGGUGCCCC